UCGACCUCGCUUUCUCCCCUCCACAACACUUCGCUGCCCCUCAGAAUUCUCAUGGAGAUAGCUCAACCUGCCGCGACUCUUGCGAUCACAACAAAUACCAUGAACCCAGUUCGUGUCCACUGAUCUCAGCUAGCUGUCUUGUGUUUCUUCUCCAAUUUCGUUCUGCUUCAGCGUCAUCGUUGUGUUCUUUGCUACUGGCUACCUUGUGUUGCCAACCAAGUCUUGUUUCUCGACGCGUCCUCGACACUCGUCGCGAAAGCCUCACCUUUCUCACCUCCGUCGAAUCCCUCAUACCAUCUCCAACCGAACCAAUACCUGUCUCACCGAGCGGAACCUCAUCACCAUGUCGAACCCCACAAAUAAUGCGCAGCAAGAAAUGGAGGAUGUGGACAUGAUGGACGCAUCCCCAUAUGCCUCGCCUCAGGGAGCUCCACAAGUUUACACGUCCUAUGGCAUGGGUCUGAGCGAUCCCCACCGAGACCAUACUCCGCCGGGCAUGAAGAAAAUAGUGCCUUUUGGCGGAAGUCCUUAUCCUGGACUCAACAUCCAGGCCCUUCCCCCUCCCAAGGAGAAAAUGAAAGUACCCUUGUCCGCUAUGACUCGAUACGCCUCCCAGAAAUACCCCAACCAGAAACCUUUUCACUUCUCUGCCAACUCUGAACGUCAGCAGCAAUCGACUGGGCCCGUGCUUCCCCGCAUGGCAGAGGUCCAGGCUUAUCGCACGCCGGCUUCAUACAAACUAGCCUCGACCACCUAUGGCCCUGGCCUUGAUUAUUUCAACCGUGGUCAUUACUCAAACAUGGGAAUGUCCACUCAAUCGGACUUCUACAAGCUGGGCAAUAGCAAGUUGUACGAUUCGAAGAGGUGGAACACUACGGACCUCGGUCUUACCGGGCAGGCGCCGGGCUCCCAGAAGUGGAAUACCACCCAGAAUUCUUCAUUUACUGGCUUCAAGCCUACCGCACGACCUUUGGUCUCCCAGAACACCAGUCGUGGUUCGUCUUUUAGCAGCUUUGAUACCCAAAAGUCCACGGAUGAUGGCAAAGAAAAUAGCUUUGACUCCUUGACCUCAGUGUCAACAGCACCAUCGUACCUUCCCCAGAAACCUCCUGUUGGCAAAGCAACCAACAGGUUCGACAAUCUCACUACUUCCUCGACUGCGUCGUCGCUCCAGCCUAACGGACUUGUCACUAAUCGCAAACCGAAAUCCCUUGCCGAACUCCAGGCUGGAUACUAUCGAGAAAAGAAAGCCAUGCGAGAAGCGGGCUUGGAUUCACGCUCUGCUCCGUGGGCGCCUCAUACCGCAGCCGAAGAGCUGACACGCCCUUCUAGUAUGACAUAUGGAUCAUAUAGAUGUCUCGAUAGUGGUAGAUCGGUUGACGUCCCAGGGCCAUUCAAUGGCUCAUCGCACCAGCCUCGCGGAUAUCCCGCUGAUGGCAAUGCCAAUAGUUUCUCCAACCUUUCUCCUGGCCGCCCGAGCCUCUUCGCUGACCCGCCGAACAAGCCUCGCGGUGAUUCCGCUGAUGGCAAGGCAACUGAUACCUCAAACCCCCAUGGCCUUGUGAACCUCUUCGCUGGCCCGCCGAAUAGACCUCGCGGUGAUUCCGCUGAUGGCAAGGCGACUGAUCCAUCUAACCCCCAUGGCCUUGUGAACCUCUUCGCUGGCCCGCCGAACAAGCCUCGCGGUGAUUCCGCUGAUGGCAAGGCAACUGAUACCUCAAACCCCCAUGGCCUUGUGAACCUCUUCGCUGGCCCGCCGAAUAGACCCCGCGGUGAUUCCGCUGAUGGCAAGGCGACUGAUCCAUCUAACCCGUUCCUUGACGCCUCGCAACAUGCUUGCGAAAACCCUACUGAUGGUAUACCCACUGGUCUCUCAAACUUGUUCCCCAGUUCCCCGAAAUUCAACCCGCGCAAACGCGGCAACGCAGAUGACUUCAUGGCACUCUUUGGUGCUCCAUCUUCCCAGCCGCGCAAACGCCCAGUUGACGAGGAGAACCAGAAUGGGGAGUCCCAUACUGCGACUGCGGACUUUGCAAGUGGUUCCGUUUCGAAAUAUCGUCGGCUUAGUGGUGACGAUCCUAUUUGCACUGAAGGCGGUGAGGCCACUACAACUGAUCACGUUUCAACUGUGGCGCAGCGCACUUCGUUUGCCUCGCCCUCCCAUCCUGUUUUGGAGGCUACACCAUCUGCCACGCUCAGUUCACCUUCUAGCAUUGCAGGCCCUGAAACUCCUGUGAAUGCACGCCAAGCAACCAACUCAACCUCUAUGGACUCCGUACCAGGCUGCUGGCCGAUGACUCCUACAUCCACCCUCCACCAUUCCAUGCCCAACGUGGCUGCACAUACUGGAGACAUCUCUAUGUCAGGUGCACUAUCUCCGGCGCAGCCCGAGCGCUCCAACUCUCAGGACUCGCCAAAUAAUGGAAACAACGAAUUGCAACCAGUGCGUCCUGCUGAAGGGACAUGGAACAAUUACUACAUUACCUUGCAACAGGCAUACCUCGCCUUCCAACGCCAAAUGGCGCAGCCAGCUGCAAGUGCGUUUCGCGGUGCAUUCGGUGGCGCAAUGGCUGCUGCCAGUUCUGUAACCCAGCGAGUGAUGGCCAGUAACGUAACCCAAAGAGUGCUGGGCUAUGUUAGACAGCGCCGUCGUGAUCGUGCGCGUGCCCGCUCGCCUCCACCUGGCUCUUCACCUGUUCGCGCGAACACACGUAAUUUGUCUCCUGAACAGCGAGAACGUAUUCGAUCCAACCAAUGGAGAAGAGACCGAGGAUAUCCAGUAAAUGAUGAAUAUCCUUUCCCUGCACUCGCGUUCGACAGUCCUCAUAUUUCACCCACUCCAAAUUCUUCGAUUCAAACUGAGGAUAUCGAGUCACCGUCUACCCCUUCGAUUCAACUACAGCGUGAGAUAAUCCAGUCAACAGUGACUAACACUGACUCUGAGCGUAAUCGCAAACAUCCCGCCCACCCCGUUAUCCCACAUACCCCAGAACGGCCUCAAGCACCUAGGGCGGGUAUUCUGAAGCCCAGAAGUUCCCGCACUUUCCGCAGCUCGAGACAGCAAACCCAGGACAGAAUCCGCCGUACACGCGAGCUCAAUGAAGCACUACACAUUCAAGGCUUCAAUACCUCCGCCAGAACCAGCCACUCAAAGUCUGAGCAUAGGGUUCGCUUCCAAGAGCCUCUUGUCACUGUGUAUGGUUAUGAACCCCCGCUCACCCCGGAGCUUGCUCCCCACCUUCACCCGUCUCCGAACAAUGAACAUCCGAACAUAGAAUCUCUGAAGACUGGGCUUUCAAAGACUGAGUCUGCUGAAGCACUUGACGAAGAACAGAAGGAGAACAUUGCCCCUGAGCUGGUCGUUGAACAUGAUGAUUCUGUACCCCAGAAUGACUUUGUUCCCCAGCAUGACUUUCAUGACCUUGUUGUUGCGCGUGAUCACAUUUUCCAGGCGGAGCAAUUUGGCCCUGCCGCUGUCGUUGAACCCGUUGAACCUGCCGAGUCUGUUGAACCAUUUGUUGAUCCGUGGGCCCAGCCGCCGGAAUUCCCUUACGGCUCAGCCUUGUCUGCUGUCAGCCUCUUCUAUCCUCCUGACCGGAAGAUCCCGCCCGGACGCACUGAGUCUAUUUAUGCCGAUGAAUGGCGAAAACUCGAACAAGAGCAGCAACUAGAAGAGCGUUCUGAGAGAAUCAGACCCGAGGGGCCAGCUGUGCGUCCUUUGUCGGAGAAGUGGGAGAAGCGUGUUGAGGAUGCUAUGCGUAUGCCAAACAACAGAAAGAUCGUCGACACACUGUCGGGUGACCCCCUCACGAAGAGAGAUUUGGCCAGCUGCUUCACCCCGAUGGCAUGGCUGAACGAUGAAGUGAUCAACUCGUAUCUUGCUGUUAUCAUUGACUAUCUUCGUCGCGAGAAUAAUAACGACGGACGUCAUGACAAGCCUCGUUUCCAUGCAUUCAACUCUUUCUUCUUCUCCAACCUGCGCGACAAGGGCUACGAAUCUGUUCGGCGUUGGGCGACUCGUGCUAAGAUCGGCAAAAAAGAUCUACUGAACGUUGACACUGUUUUCAUACCGGUUCAUAACAGCUCUCACUGGACUCUCAUUGUCGUGAAACCCGCUGAUAGGACCAUUGAGCACUUCGACUCCCUCGGGUCGCUUUCCCGCCGCCACGUCGGCAUCGUCAAGACGUGGCUGCGCGGGGAACUCGGCGACCUCUUCGUCGAGGAGGAGUGGGCGGUCCUGCCGUCUGUCUCGCCCCAGCAAGACAACGGCAGCGACUGCGGGGUGUUCUUGCUGUCUACAGCAAAGGCCAUUGCGGCCAACAUCGACCCGCUGGCCUACGGGCCACAAGACACCCUUCUUCUUCGGAAGAAGAUUGUGGCGGAGUUGAUGAACGGGGGGUUGGAGGGAGACUUCGCUCCGAAAGAUGUGUACGGGGACGUCUUGUUGUAAGCGAGUCCCCUCCAAC